UCCAAGGGGUGCACACAUAUGAUCCGUUGAUAGAGGUAGCUAGUUCUCUGUGUAAAUCAGUUGUGCGCUGACUUCUAGUUUAUAUUUUGGGGGUGUGGGGGAAGAAUGAAAGAGGUCUUCCGCCAAAACGGACGAAAUCAUGAACGGCGCCGUAUACAUUUCGUUUUUUCAAGGUCAGCUGGAAUCUGCGCUAGAGCAAGUAGUGCAACUCGCAGUCCAGGAAAUAACCAAGACUGUUGGGUCAAGCUUGAGUUCUGUGUUAAUGAAAACGGCCGUCAAAGAACAAGAAAACCAACGACUUAAGUUAAAGCUUAAAUCACUGGAGUUCGAAUGUAAUGGGGUAGAAAAUGGAGCCGCGUUCAACGGUGGCAUGGAAGACAACGCGGCCACGGAUCGAACAAAGCCCGAGACACACACCCCCAGCCACGGCACAGAGCGCGGCGUGCACGAAAACACUCAAAGACUGGAUCAAAAAGGACGAGUAGUGGGUCAGCUAAAGAUGGUCAUGGAGCAUGUGCUGGAGUUUGCUGUGUGCGAGCUGACCAAAAUCGUGGAGGCCAGUUUCGACGACCUGCUCCUGGAGAUGACCAAGAAAGAGCGGGAGCACAGCGCUCUGGAGGAGCAGUUACGCCGUGUGGCUCACCAGGAGAACGGAAAGGGUGGAGUGUCGAGGAGGUGUGGGUCGGAAAACACAGCAUUUCCCAGCGGCUCAGAGGACACUAGGCAGGAAUCCAGAAACGUCACAGUCAAAAUUGUCCGGGGACCAAGGGAGCAAACGGAGACAUCAAAUGGUCUGUGUUUUAACAUUAAAAUUCUGUUCUAGUCAACAUGACAAUCA